CUUAAGUGUGUACUCAGAGCGGUCGUGUAGCGUGGAAAAUUCCGUUUCUCGUUUUUCUUUCGACUGAAAUUCUUGAUCACAACUAUGAACUGACCUCGGAUAGCGAAACGGUUCCUUCCUUUAGACGAAUUAACUGCAAUCUCCUUUGAAUAGAGUGCCAGCGGAUAUCAGGAAGGAUGAGCAGCCAGGUGGACGGCCUCACAUUCCUGCCUCAGGACUCGUCCCCUUCGUCGGGUAAGACCUCGUCCUCGUCCUCCUCCCCGUCCUCAUCUUUAUCAUCGUCCUCCUCCUCUUCCUCAUCUUCGUCAUCGUCUUCGUCACCCUCCUCCUCCGGAAGCAACAGCAAGAAGUCAUCGCCUGCCUCUCGCCGGCUCCUCCGAACGCCGAAGUGUGCCAGGUGUCGGAACCACGGUGUCGUGUCGUGUCUGAAGGGCCACAAGAAGCUAUGCCGAUGGCGAGACUGCCGCUGCGCCAACUGCCUGCUGGUGGUCGAGAGGCAGAGGGUCAUGGCUGCACAGGUGGCGCUCAGGAGACAGCAAGCAUCGGAGAGCAAGGACGCUCCGCCCACCAGCACCGCCAACAGCACGAGUUCAGUGGCGUCCUCAGAGCCCCCGCCCACAGCCGCCCGUCAUGAGUCGCAGGCCACGGCCGCCGCCCGCGCGAAGCUCAAGUCUGCCGAGGCGCUGCUGGCCCAGAAGAGGCUGUACCAGAGGCACCUGCGCUCCCUGCAGCAGUCGGCGCUCGCCAGGGACCUCAUGACCAACCUGCGGCAGCGCCUGGGCCGCGAGUGGCGCGUGCCGCCCUACCUCAGCGAGCGGCAGCGCAAGCGGCGCGCCUUCGCCGACCGCGACCUGGAGACCGUCCUUCUGCAGCGCGAGACCAUCCUGGCGCAGUCGGCUCAGCUCGCCGCCCACCCCGCCCACAUCCCCCCCGAGUGGGCUGCCCACGUGUCCCUCCUGCCGAUGCACCUACAGGAGGCGCUGCGGCUCCACCCGCAGCCCGCGCACGCGCUCCUGCAGCUGGUCGCGGAGGCGUGCGGCGGCGAUCGGGAUCGCGCGCUGCAGUACCUGUCGACGCCGCCGCCGGCCCUGGCGCCGCCCGUGCUCGCCCGCCCGGCCCACGAGGAUGGCGUCGCGGGCGUGAACGGGGGCGUGGUCGUGGCGCAGGAGCUGCCCUCCAGGUUCCUGCAGCUGUCCCUGGCCGCCGCCGCGUCGGCCGCGCCCGCGCUCUCGCUGGCCGCCGCGCCGCCGUCCGCCGCCGCCUCGCUGCUCUCGUCCUCCGCCUCCUCCGCCUUCACAGUGGUCGCCCGCGACGCCAGCGGCCGCGACUCGCCCGCGUCGUCGUGCUCGUCGCCGCCGCCGCCCACGCCCAGCCCGCACGCCCACAGCGGCAUGGACAGCCCGCACCCCGAGCCGCCCAUCACGCCCGAGAUGUCCGUCUCGUCCGAGAAGUCUCGGUCCCCGCCCGUCAUGCCCUGCCUGUCCGGCUCCCCGCCCACCAUGACGUGUCCGCUGCCCGGCUCGCCGCCCACGUCGCCGCCCUCGCUCACCUACCAGUCGAGCGCCCUCCUCCUGCCGCAGGACCUUCCCGACGCCGCCCGCCGCUCGCCGCCGUCCUUCCAGAAGGCGCUGUCGGCCUCUACGCCCUCACUGGCGGCGCCCCCGCCCACGGCCCUGCCCACGAUACCCAGGUUCCCGCCCACCGACCGCCCGCACGCCCACACCACGUGCCCCACGCCCAGGAAGGCCGUCAUCUCCUUCUCCGUCGAAUCCAUCAUAGGAAAACAGAGCUAGAGUGUGACGUGGCGCUUCGGUGACGUCGGCUGUGACGUCACGCGCCGGAAGAAUGGCUGAAAUUCACGCUGAGAAGAAGCUUGUUGUUCACGAGGCGCCGGACGCUGUUUCCGCGAGUGGCGGGGAUCUUCCUGUCACGCGCAGUUAUUAUUUUCUUCUCUGUCUGGAGAGAGGAAACUGUACAUGAACAGACACGCACACUUACACUUACACAUUCAUAUUCACAUUCACAUACGCAUACACAUACGCAUACUCAUACGCACACGCACACGCCGCGGACAAGUGCAAUAUCCAUCAGUGUUUUCCUGUGAUUAAUUCCACCUCAGUAAUUGCUUUCUUAACCCUUGCCUUUCCCCUCCCUUAAGUCCUUCUCCCUUACCCACUUCCCCU